CAAGAGCGCAUUUCCGGUCGGGGCAAAGGAGCAGGACCAGGAGGCUGCAGGAAGGUGGGCUCGGGGCCCGCAACGCCAUCCUCCCUCUCAUCUUGAAUCCGUCGGCGCAGCUUAGGGCGGAGGGAUCACGCCGGUGAACGCGAGGCCGCGGCCCCCUCCCUCACGAUGGCAGGAGACGGAGGGGAGAUGGGCGAGACCGAGCGUCUGCUGCGGCAGAGAGUGCAGGAACUGGAGCGGGAGGUCCAGCGGCUCCAGCGGGGGCGGGCCGACGGCCGGGAGGACCCCGCGGCCGGCGGGGCCAAGAAACGCCAGCAGCGCCCGUUUGACUUCGGCGCCUACGGCCGCAGACACGUGGCCCUCAGGAUCGCCUACCUGGGCUGGGGCUACCAGGGUUUCGCCAGCCAGGAGAACACGAACAACACCAUCGAAGAGAGGCUGUUCGAGGCCCUGACCAAGACGCGGCUGAUCGAGAGGCGCCAGACCGCCAACUACCACCGGUGCGGACGGACGGACAAGGGGGUCAGUGCCUUCGGGCAGGUGAUCUCUCUGGACCUCCGCUCCCAAACUGUCAGGGGCGGUCAGGAGGAGGAGGGCUCGAAAGACAGAAUGGACGCCCGGACCGCGGAGAUCCGUUACACCCACAUCCUGAACCGCGUGCUCCCCCCGGACAUCCGGGUGCUGGCCUGGGCCCCCGUGGGGUCCGGCUUCAGCGCCCGGUUCAAUUGCCUCCAGCGGACGUACCGCUACUUCUUUCCCCGGGCCGACCUGGACCUCGAGGCCAUGGAUCGGGCGGCCCAGAAGUACGUCGGCACCCACGACUUCCGGAACUUAUGCAAGAUGGACGUGGCCAACGGCGUGACCAGCUUCCAGAGGACCAUCCUGUCGGCCCAGGUCCGGCGGGUGGACCAGAGCGAGGAAACGGACCGGCGGGAUCCUUUCCGGCUGUGUCAGUUCGAGGUGACGGGCCAGGCCUUCCUGUACCAUCAAGUCCGCUGUAUGAUGGCCAUCCUCUUCCUGGUCGGCCAGCGGAUGGAGGGCCCGGAGGUCAUCGACGAGCUGCUGGACGUAGAAAAGAAUCCCCGGAAACCCCAGUACAGCAUGGCCGUGGAGCUCCCUCUGGUGCUGUACGACUGCCAGUUUGAGAAGCUCGAGUGGAUCUACGACCGGGAGGUGCAGGAGUUCAACGUGCGCCACCUCCAGCAGCUGUGGGCCAGCCACGCCGUCCAAACCCAGCUGCUCUUCAGCAUGCUGCAGGGCCUCGACUCGGCCCCCGUGGCCCCUGGCCCAGGCUCGGGGACAGACGGACCGGUCCGGUGGAGGGACGUCCGGCCGGCCUUCCGGCAGCAGGUCAGCGCUUUCGUCGAGGGCGUGAAGACGCGCACGUACAAGCCGCUGCUGGAGCGGCCCAGGUGCGAGGGGCUGGAGUCGCGGAUCCGCCACUUCGUCCGCAGGGGACGCCUCGAGCCGCCCGGGGCUCGGCCCGGGGAGGGAGCGGCGGCCAAGAGGGGCCGCGGCCAGACCGCUCAGGGUGGGGACCGGGCCCCCGAGCGACUCCCGAAGAGGAUCUGCCCCGGCCCCGUGGCGCCGGACGCCAGCUGCCCCAAGAUCACGGCAGAGACCCGGACCGGCGAUCCGCCCGGCUCCCCCGGCCAAGAGCUGGAGGGUAGGGAAGAGUCCUGAGCCUCCCCCCGGGCUGGGGAGACUCGGCCCUUCCCUUUCCAAUUCAUUAAAAUUGCUCCGCUUUUUUAA